AAAGGAGGAACACACAUCCGUACUAAUACAAUAUAUUAAACAACAGGCUGAUAAGUUGUUAUGCGAGGAUAACUUUUCCAGCUCUAGAACACACAGCUCAGUCCACUGCUCAUAAUAUGGUGUUAUUACCGUGACAGCAUAAAAUGCAGACGCGCUCAUUACCACUAGCAGAUAUAUAAUCUUCUUUGUUCGGACGAACAUAAUGUAAAAUCAGUGGGUUCAAUUGUGAUACGUCGUCGUGAGUCUGGCACACAAAAGUCAUCCCUUGCUGUAAUUUACAGAACAGUGUAAUGAGCAUCACUUUGCCAAGCAAGAUCUGCCUCAGUAGCUGUGAGCUCUACUGUCUGGGCAUGCUCUGCAAUCUGAGAAGCCUGCACAGGGCUUUCUGUCUCAGAGUAGCUUCUGAGGUAUCCAAGGCAGCAUAACUACAACUCACUGCUUAGGAACCUUUCCUUACUUUAAGACAACGUCCAGACAAUGGACUCGGCUAUGAUUCUGUUGUUCCAGCUGACUGUUUUGCUGCAACUUAAAGAUACCUUGUCUGGGUCUGUGUGCAGAAUGGGCUACUUUCCAUGUGGGAACCUCACAAUAUGCCUUCCGCGCCCUUUUCACUGUGAUGGUGUAAAGGACUGUGAGAACGGAGCAGAUGAAGAUUAUUGUGGAGACAACAAUGGAUGGGGAAAUAAGUUUGACGAAGCCCAUCAGAACAUGAUUGAAGUGCUGGAGUCCCAGGAAUGCUGUCUCUCCCAGUUCCCAGACAUUUGUGAGUGCAAAGACACUGAGCUGGAAUGUGUAGAGGUCAAUUUAAAAGCAGUGCCGUACGUGUCAAGCAAUGUAACAAUUUUAUCUCUCAAAGGAAACAAGAUACAAACACUUCCAGAUAAUGUUUUCAUGCGUUAUAACGUCUUGAUAAAGCUGUUCCUUCAGUACAACUGUAUAAGGAAUAUAUCUCAGAUGGCAUUUUUUGGAUUAUAUCAACUUCAGAAACUAUAUCUUAGUAACAACUGUAUUGUGUACUUACAACAUGGAGUUUUCAGCCACUUACAUGAAUUAAGAUGGCUAAUCCUUGAUGAAAACCCAAUCAUGAAAAUUACACCGGAGCUCUUCACUGGGCUACAGUCACUAUUUUUCUUGUCAAUGACAAACAACUCACUAGAGGCCCUUCCUCAGAAGUUAUGUGCCAAAAUGCCAUCCAUUAACUGGAUAGAUUUUGAAGGUAAUAAUAUUGGAACACUGAAUAAUUCCAGCUUUGCUACGUGUGAUGAGCUCACUGUUCUGUUUCUACGUGGAAACCAGAUCACAUUGGUGACAGAAAACAUCUUUUCGUCCUUGCAGAGUUUAGCAGAAAUAGAUUUAUCAAACAAUUUAAUCACAGAAGUGCCACUCUCCAGCUUUAAAGAGCUUAAACAUUUGCAAAGACUUACUCUCAGUUAUAAUCCACUAUCACUCCAUACUGAUCAGUUUGAAACUCUGCCACAUCUCCAAUCAUUAGGACUGGAAAAAAUCGAGAUUCCGAAUAUAAGUACAAGAAUGUUUCAGCCCAUGAAGAAUCUUUCUCAUAUAUAUUUUAAAAACUUUAGAUAUUGUUCUUAUGCCCCUCAUGUACGGGUAUGUACACCACUUACAGACGGUAUAUCGUCAUUUGAAAACCUUCUGGCGAACACCAUUCUCCGUGUAUUUGUCUGGGUAAUCGCUUGCAUUACCUGCUUCGGAAAUAUCUUUGUUAUUGGAAUGAGAUCAUUUAUUCCGUCGGAGAACAAAACGCAUACCAUGUCUAUAAAGAUCUUAUGCUGUGCUGAUUGUCUGAUGGGGAUAUAUCUCUUUUUCAUUGGAGUAUUUGAUGUUAAAUAUCGAGGACAAUACAAAAAAUAUGCACUUCUUUGGAUGGAAAGUCUGCAGUGCCGAAGCCUUGGAUUUUUAGCCAUGCUGUCCACAGAAGUAUCUGUUCUGCUUUUGACCUAUUUGACUCUGGAAAAAUACUUAGCCAUUGUGUUUCCAUUCAGCAACAUUCGGCCAGGCAAGCGCCAGACUCUAGUGACCCUGUUAGCAAUAUGGGUGAUUGGAUUUAUAAUUGCUGUGAUUCCAUUUUGGAAUGAGGACUUUUUUGGAAACUACUACGGAAAAAAUGGGGUUUGUUUUCCAUUGUAUCCUGAUCAAACGGAAGAAAUUGGUGGUAAAGGAUACUCUUUGGGGAUAUUUUUAGGUGUAAAUCUUGUGGCCUUCAUCAUUAUAGUGUUUUCUUAUGUCAGUAUGUUCUGCUCGAUACAGAAGACCACUCUAAAGACCUCAGAAGUCAGGAAUCAUAUCCACAUGGAUGUCGCUGUUGCCAACAGAUUUUUUUUCAUAGUUUUUUCAGAUGCCGUUUGCUGGAUUCCUGUUUUUCUUCUGAAAAUCCUCUCUCUGUUUCGUGUAGAAAUCCCAGGCACUAUUACCUCCUGGAUUGUGAUAUUUAUUCUACCGAUAAACAGUGCCUUAAACCCCAUCCUAUACACUUUAACUACGAGCUUCUUCAAAGAAAAACUUAAACAACUCCUACAAAGACAACGCAGACGGUCAAUAUUCAAGGGCGAACGGAAAAGUUUGUCCACCUCACUGGUAUGGACAGAGGACCCCAUUGCCCAGCAUUCGUCACUUAAACUUGGGUUCCUACAUAAAAAGUUUUCUGGGGAUCCAGUGAUUAAGUCUACGUGAUGGAGAAAGAAGCUUCACAGGAACCAAGCAUCAACAAGAUGCGCCAUCAGGAUCACUUUGGGAGAUGAAUUUAAAAGAAUGAACAUUUGCACAACACACAUGGGCGACCAUAUGUAGCUCUCCUUGAGAUGAAGGCCGAAGACAAAGCUGUUAAGAUUGCCAAGACUUGUCGUGAUACAAAGUAUUAAGCAUUGUCUUUAAUGGAAACAUUUUCAUACUACCAUUCCUAAGAAAGCCAACAAGUCCGCUGUGGAUUGUUACUUAUCUGGACUUUGCAUUUUUAUUGCCAUCGGUAAUAGACACUUUACUUUAAACAAUGGAGGAUUACAAUGUGUAGUCUCUGAGACUCAGCCAUGUACAAUACAAUGACUCUAUACUCUCCUUAUAGGAGAACAUAUAUGUUUUAUUAGGACAUGCGCGUCAAUUGUUUUUCUACUACACGGAGCUAUUUCUAUUCCAUUCUUACAUUUUUUAUUUGGACGAAUUGCAGUUUUACAUUGUCUCAACAAAUGUUUGCAGAUAUCAGAUAACCACAUACAGUAUAAGUUACACAGAAUGCGAUAAUAGGAAGGAGAACGUAAUUAUGCAUAGAUGUUGAUAAUAACAAUGUGCUAAUGGCUCUCAGGGUAUGAGUUGUGGUGUUACAACAUGCAGAGCCGGCCCUAACCAAUAGGAUGCCCUAGGCAAGAUUUUGGCUGGUGGCCCCUAGCACCGCCGCUAGUUCUGCAGGAGAUGCCUGCCAUGAGUCAGCUGGUAGCUCUGCUAAUGUCGGGAGCCUUUUGUUUAUAAAAAUGCAUCUUAUUUGCAUUACUAUGUGGCUAGGAUGCACAUGCAGC